GUUUUCUACAGAGACGCAGAGAUGACACUUCACUGGACGUUGGCGCAAUAACGGAUUUACGCACGAGUCAGAAGUUUUCUUUUUGUUUACCAAAGAGGGAGAAAAGUUUGUGGAAGUUUCCAAGAUGCCUCGAUCAUUUUUAGUUAAGAAACACACAAACUCUGUCAAAAAACCGAAUUAUAGUGAACUGGAAAGUCCAACAGUGUUCAUCACACCACACUUCUACAAGGGCCUUCCUCUGCCUGUCAUCCCACAGCCGGACAUCCUGAGCCCGGCCGCCUACAGCCCGAUCACCGUGUGGACUACCAGCAGCCUGCCCCUCUCCCCUCUGCCCAGCGACCUGUCCCCCAUCUCCGGAUACCCGUCCUCGCUCUCGGACACAUCUUCCAACGACCACUGCGGUUCUGAAAGCCCGCGCAGCGACGAGGACGAGCUGGUCAAACUAACUGGGGAAGCGGAGAAAUUCCAGUGCGGCUUGUGUAGCAAGUCCUACUCCACGUACUCGGGACUCCUCAAGCACAAGCAGCUGCACUGCAACGCCCAGGCGAGGAAAUCCUUCAGCUGUAAAUACUGCGAGAAGGAGUACGUCAGUCUGGGAGCGCUAAAAAUGCACAUACGGACUCACACGUUGCCCUGCGUCUGCAAAAUCUGCGGCAAAGCGUUCUCCAGGCCGUGGCUCCUGCAGGGCCACAUCAGGACGCACACAGGAGAAAAGCCGUUCUCGUGCCCACACUGCAACCGAGCGUUCGCUGACAGAUCCAACCUCAGGGCCCACCUUCAAACCCACUCAGAUGUGAAAAAAUACCAAUGCAAGAACUGUUCCAAGACCUUCUCCCGGAUGUCCCUGCUGCACAAGCAUGAGGAAUCUGGAUGCUGCCCUGCACACUGAGCUGCAAAGUGGACGCUGGCCAUUUACACGGGGAGAAAGCCAUUUGGUUCUUUCAGACUUGGCUGCGUUGAUGUGACAUUACAACUACGGCAUUCUAAAGAGCCCAAAGUUUAAAACAGAGCUGGAGGGCAGGUUUGAAAUCAAUGCUAGGUCGGUCUGUACAGCACAAUUCGUACCCAAAGUCAUUCAAAGUGUUUGCAGAAUAAGAAAGACGUUAAAAUCAACAAUACAACAUUCAAAGUGUUCAGAGUGCAGAAUAAACCCCUUUCAGUCAUAUGCACAGCUAAACAAAACCGUUUGAGCCUGGAUUUAAACAUUCUGAAGUAAAUACAGACUAAACGAUCAUAUUGAAACCAAACCCUGAAGCAGAAUCUCUCACAAAAAGUUUUCAUAAUGUACAAAAUGGUUUAGCUACAGUAAAAUAAUAAAUACCAGAAUGCAACUCUCUAUAAUGACUCACAGAAGCUCAUAGAAGCUCUGACCCUCUGCCGCUCAAAUCUCAUCUCAGAAAAAUCACAUUUUCCUAGUAGCGCAAAGAAAAAGUCCCCAUGUUUCACUCAAUUUUUCCAUCUGUCAUUUGAACUGUAAGUCGCUGUAGUAUUUUUAACGUCCUGUCGCUGUCAGAUUGCAGACUUUUUACCUGGUUUUUACGAUAUCGAUGUCUUUGUAAUCACCGGGCCUAUCCGCAUGAAACAAAAAUGGGAUAAAGAUUAGCACCUUCGCUGUCAGAACAUGAAAAAUAGCUUCAGGAAACGGUGGAGUCAUUCAAAUCCAAAGAGUUUUCAGUUGUAUAUAACAAGUUUGUGAGUCCAGCAGUUCUGGAUUUUCUCUGGACUUUCAAAAACUGACCGACAUCUACCCUGACCUUGCCCUCUGUCUGAGAUCGACAUCGACUUGUACGAGAAUGUCACGAGCGCAACCUAUUCCAUUGUUUUUACUCGCUCAGAAAUCUGUCAGGGGAAAUAUACCAAAGAUAAUGCAUUUUCAAAGCUCUUUUUACUGGAGCUUUUAGCCAUCACUGCCGACCUGUAGACCUGUCACCACAACACCUUUGGAAGCAUGGACGAAUAUUGCGAUAAACGAUUAUAUUGAAACUACUUUUUUCCACUGUUACAAUUAAAAUAAACCAAUAUAAUCCCAGUAAACUCUUUUUAAAUAGACAGAAUCAUUAAAAGGCCUGAGCUGCAGCACAUAAACAGAAGAACGCAGCAAAAAUUAGCCAUAAAACUCACUUAUUCAACCCUCUACAGCACAAAUCUUAUCACAUUACAACAAAAAUACCCAAAAUCUUACCACUUUUCCAUAGAAACUUUACCCGUGAUAAACAAUUCCAGCUUCAUGAACUAAACAAUAAGUGGAGAAAGUGAUUAUUGUGACAGGUCGACCUACCUGUGCUGCCUCCUGCACUUUUGGUUUUGCAUGUACCAAUGAGUCCACAUUCGUCUUUAUCAUAGACUGUAUAUGUAAAUGGACAUAGCUAACCUGCUAGCUGUCACGUUCCAAACAGGAAGUGAUCAUCGACUCUGGCUUCAAUUCAUUUUCUCUGUAAAAUCUGUGUAGCCUCUCUCUGUAACUGCUGCUUCACUAAUGUGUCUGUAAAGCAAGAUAUGAACAUUAAUAACAGACAAAUCAGGCGCCUUCUUUCUCCAAGGUUGCUCCUACUAGCGUUAGAAUAAAUAGGUUUGAUUUACAAAUUCACUGCUAUAACUGCUAGCCUCAAUGAGCUACAUGUGACUGGAGCCGGACGCUGUGGGUGACGUCACACUCACUCAGUCCACUUCUUUAUACAGUCUAUGGUCCUUAUGCCUUUGUGGAACAUCAUUUAAAUAUAAAUAGGUCCAUUGUAUCUUAGGGAACAAGUGCAAGCCUUCAGCUCGUCAGAUGGUGGUGUUAUGGAAACUUUUGCACAGUGAUUUAUAUUAGAGGAUAUUCUUGUGUCUCGGCUCACUUGGCCAUAUAAUGUAUUUUCCAACAUUUUUUCUAUUUUUGUAUUUUGAAUGUAAGCCUGAUAAGAUUGUAUUUCCACAGUGGCAAGCUGUGAGGUUGAAUCAUAUUUUCAUAUUUUAUCAUGACACUUUGAUGAAUAAAGUUUCAUGUUGUUUUUAUAAAA